UCCGCCUAUCCUCCUCCUCUUUGACACACACACACACACACACACACACACACACACACACACACACACACACACACACAUCUCCACGCACACACAUGCAUGCAUGUAUACACUCUCUCUCCUCUCUCGCUGUCUCCCCUCUCUCUCUCUCUCUCUCUCUCAGUUACACUCGGUCGGUCCUGUGCAGACUUGAGGAGCCCCGGAGAGGAGAUGAUGCUGGUGGUGAUUCUGUUGGAGCUUUAGUGGUGAUUUUUCGUAUUCCUCUGUAAAGAAAACUAGACUCAGAGCAAUGUUGAUGCAACAGCACCCCUGUCCUCUGCGCUGUGUUCAUCUGCCUGCCUCCUGCCUAGAAUCAACCCGUUUUGGGGGGAUUUGAACGACAGAGAGUGUGUUGCGCCGCCUGUGCGCUCUGUGGUUCUGGUGCGCUGGAUCUUCUUCUUCUUCUUCAUCUCUUCUUUAUCUCUCCACUGAAGGAUGCUCAGUUCUUUCCACAAUCAGGAAUAUAACUACCACAACUACCAACACUCUUGCUGCUGCUGCUGUCGACUUCUCAGCUCCAGCCAGAUCGCAGUCUGAGGCGCCCCGGUCCCCCUGAAGGGAAGACGAAGCAUGUCAGAGACAUCCGUGUUGCACAUGGAAAUGAGCCAUCUGCUGCUGGUUCUGCUGGACUCCAGCGUUUAACCCAGACUUGAGAUUAUCCAAAAAAAAGAAAACACGGAGAGGCUCUGAAGAAUUUGGGGAUCCUAAGAGUUCCUUUCUGACAAGCCGAGAAUCCCUGUGUCACUGUAUAUAUUGAGUAGCAUCAGCUGCUUAACCAGCUCUAUGGUUCUGUGACUUGUCCAAGGCUGCGAUUUUGGCAUCUGACUAAGCGUAACAACGGGACAAAGGGGAUCUGUUUACGGCCAGUAUGGAGAGGAGGAACGCCCACAGCCACCCAUAACUGUCUCAGCGUGCAUAUGACGUGUGAUUAGAGCAAUCCCCCGGACCCUGUCAGAACCUCCGAAUCAGCACACUCAUACACUGAGAUGACCCAAGAACAGUGCACUCAUAGGAACAAUGUCCAGAGUUCAGAGAAACCACAAGUGUACAAAGUGGGAAUAUACGGCUGGAGGAAACGCUGCCUUUACUUCUUCGUCCUGCUGCUGAUGAUCCUGAUCCUGAUCAACUUGGCACUAACUAUCUGGAUCCUCAAGGUCAUGAACUUCACCAUAGACGGCAUGGGCAACCUCAGAAUAACAGAGAAGGGCCUGAAACUGGAAGGGGACUCUGAGUUCCUCGAACCCCUCUAUGCCAAAGAAAUCCAGUCCAAACCAGGCCGCCCGCUGUUCCUGCAGUCGUCCAGAAACAUAUCUGUCAACAUCGUCAACAGCAACAACCAGCUGCUCACACAACUUGUAACAGGAUCCAGUGGAUUUAAAGCACGAGGCAAGAUGUUUGAAGUCAAAUCCACCUCUGGGAAGCUGCUCUUCUCCGCCGACGAGCAGGAGGUGGUGGUGGGCGCCGAGAGGCUCCGAGUGAUGGGGGCCGAAGGAGCCGUGUUCAGCAAAUCAGUGGAGACGCCGCACGUCAGGGCCGAGCCGUUCAAGGAGCUGCGGCUGGAGUCUCCCACUCGCUCCCUGCUGAUGGAGGCUCCUAAAGGCAUCCAGAUCCUGGCAGAGGCCGGAGACAUCCAGGCCAUCUGCAGGAACGAGCUGCGACUGGAGUCCAAAGACGGAGAGAUCUCUCUGGACGCUCGGAGGAUCCGUCUGAUGCGGCUGCCCGAGGGGAAGGCCUCCACCAGCUCCUCGUCCUCCGGGACCAGGCAGACUGUCUACGAGGUUUGCGUUUGCCCCAACGGGAGGCUCUUCCUGUCCCAGGCCGGCACCGGAUCCACCUGCCAGAUCAGCAACAAUGUCUGCCUCUAGGACUGGAAACAUAUGAUUAUAAAUAAACACACGGAUAAUCCUGACAGACAGACAGACAGACGGGCAAAAAAACAGACGGAUGUAAACGUAUCGCCUGCCUCUCGGACUGAUUCACAGCAAACAACACAUACAAAGACUGCCAGAGCUGAUGGAUAUAUAUAUAUAUAUACAAUCAUAGAUACUGUGCACACACACACACACACACACACACACACACACACACACACACUGACAUUUAGGCUCAACCGAUAUGUUUCAACAAGCCAAUACUGAGAAUUUUGGAGUGAAGCUGCUGUCAGCUGAUAUUUUUGCCAAUAUUUCAAUGCUAAAAAAAAAUAUUUUCUCCCUUAAUUUUAUAUAUAUCAGAGUGUUAAAUCCUGUGAAAACAGCAUCCACAGUGUCAUGGGACUCUAAAAAAAACUCUCCACUCAUCUCUCUGAGAUCUUUAUACGUACAGUACUUGAGGAGUUAUGAGGCUUUUAACCUGAAUGACAGAAAUAAAGGGAAGAAAAAUGUGUUGCAUUGUCGGUUUUAACAACUUUUUUAAUACAACAGAGGUCAGAAAGGAACUUCAACCUCCAUCGCACUGGGAAUAUAGGACUAUAGCUGGCUGAUAUACUAAUAUUUAAUCAAAGGACAGUAUUGGUAAUAUAUCGGUCUGACCCUAACACACAUACAGAUGCAUACACAACAACCACACACACUGCUCAACGGAGCCGACUGCUAAAAACCGAGAGGAGAUUUACGAGAAGAUAUGCUGAUCUGUUCCUUCUCUAUCUCUCGAGUCAGUACCAGAAUCACUAGGGUGGUCACCCAUGGCAACAGCCCCCGACACCCCCCCACCCCAACAACCCCAUCUCCCGUCCUCUUCUUCUUCUUCAUCUUCAUCUUCUCUUUUUUUCCCUCUACAAUUGUUACUGCAGCUGAGAUGAAGACAGCAUUUCUACUUCACUCAUUGGUCAUACAAUAUUUCAAAGUUAUCCAGACCUACUAUAAGAUCUUAACUAAACAAUAUUCCAAUAUUCUAAUCUGGCUCAGGAUCUAUAAAAUGGGAUAAGGGACAUGAAGACUUGCCGCUUGGACACUGGACUCCAAAAUUAAUACAAUUUUCCCAGCCAGCAUAUUGGCUCAGCUAUUGUGGCUAAUGACACGUUCAAGUCCUGCUUCUAGGCUCUGUAAAACAAAUUAUAGAUAUAAAACCUUCAUGAAACCUUCAACUUAUUAUAUAAAUGGUGAUGACUGAUCAUGUUUGCAGUUUGAGGUAUCCUGUAAUACCUGUAGUUUGAACAUAAGUUUGAAGAAAAAUGGUAAAAACUAAAAAAUAUGUUUUUCUUAAAGAUAAAUGUCAUAGUGUACGGUUCGGCUGGUGUGCACUCCCCUCGUGCUCCAAGCAUUUUGUUUUUCUAGCAGUUUUAAAUGGAAAGAUGUCGCACUGCUUUUUCCUUUGAUUACAUUUAAACCCCCGGCUGCACGCACAGUUUUCUCCCACAUGCUUUUAACAACGCGUUCUUGAAGCUGUAGCCUGUAGCGACUAGUAUCUUUGUGAUCUGGACCUAAGAGCGACCGUGUGGCUAAAAUUCCAACUACACUUUACACUUUCUUUGUUCAAGCCCUACAUCUAAAUGUACAUCAUUGAUUUAGUCCACAAAAUGUUCAGAGAAACGUCACUCAAAUUAGCUUCCCGAUGCUUAAUGCUAACUGUACUUUGAUGUUGGAAGGUGUUACUGUGGAGAUGUCGCCCAGGUUUUGCACAAACAUCUAUCUCUCAACCGCUGCUCUGUUCGAUCUUCUUUUCUUUCUUUACAUUACAAAUCUCUCGAUUUUAAUCGUAAAGGCUGUUUUAAUUUCACAUGAAGACUGUAAGUGUUUGCCUGCAUAAUCCCGUCCGUGUUUCCUCCGACAGCCCUGACAACAAGGAAAAUUAUAAAACAAGUCAACAUCCUCUACAGGACCUUCGUCAGAAAUGUUCGAUGUAAGCUGCUGGAACCUCGGCGGUGGUCACCCUACCUGUUUCUUGCACUGGGACAUUUUUUUAAAAAAAAAAAGGACAAACAAACAAACAAACAAACUGUUGCGAGCCGCUCUGUUGAAAGAGGGGAACUGUGCCUGUGCCUUAUGUCGAUGCACUUGUGGCAAGAAGAAGCACAUCACACAGACUUUCUUUGGCAUCAACGAGUAACAUGAUCUCUGAUUUCAGUUCAGUUUCAUCCCAUCCACAAACCUCCCCUGGUGUGAAUGCAAAGACCUUCAGCCGUGUCCGCCUGUAGCGCCCCCCUGCUGUCAACACCUGACUCUGCACAAGGAUGAGGCGUUUUCUUUUUUCUUUGCUUAUUUACCACUUUAGCCUCCAGAGUUUGGGCUGAAAUUCUCAUUACUUUGCUUUUAUGAUCAAAUACUCUGUGUGAAAACAUGUAUGUGUGUUUCUGUUGAUGUUUGAAGUGAUGAACAUGUGAUCCUGUGGAGUUUAACAGGCAGGUUACGCCACUGAUGGGUCUGAUUUCCACUGGGUAUCACAAACCACUCGGCCAAAGGCACCUAGUUUCUACAAGAUGUUGCCACAGAAGAUCAUCAUGUCUAUACACACUUAACAGGUUCAGUUUGGGUGUGUGAAGACAAAACACAUAGGUUUUCUAUUCACCCGCUGUCCGCUCUGUUGUAGCUCCUGUUUCAAGGCGCCCCACCCAAAAAGCCCAGUCUGCUCUGAUUGGUCUGCUCUCACAGGCCUGAGCAGGCUCCGCCCACCGUGUUUCCUCAUCAGCUCUGCAUGUGUUUUACCACCAUGUCCAUGCCAGAUAUUCUAGAGAGCGAUAAACAUUGCAGUCCUGAGUACUGUUGCCCGUUGGUGGCUGCCCCCCUGAUCUGAAGAGUAGAGCCACUCAUUUAGCUCCACGGCUAAUUAAGCUAAUUAGCUACAGUACAUCUAGCUAGCUUGUAACGAGUAUACUGAUGCCUGUUGUCAGUUACUUGGUGAGUAAUUUUGGCUCUGUGGAUCUGCUGUGUUGUGCUGGACGUCAGUCCAGCCUUCAUUUCUAAAGUAACUUUAGAGACCGUCGCUCUACAUAAAACCCGUCCCGACUCCCUCACAAAGAAAUACAGUCAAGCAUCAUUGAACACCUCUGAGCAGAUCAUCCACAGACUUGUACAGACCGUCAGUAGAGAUGAAUAAAGUUCCUUUUUGUCACGCUCAUAUAUCGCCGAUAAAAAAAGGGAUUAACACAAGUAGAUUGCAACAGAUUGUUCUGUGGAGACUCUUUUAUUGAAUCUUUAAGAUUCAAUAACUUGCCGUGUAAAGAGUUGAAGAUCUUGUCUGAUAAUAUCCAGGAGGAACGAGAUCUUUUGGCCGAGUGUUCUGUGAGAACUCCCGAACACACUCAUAGUAGCGCACAGCCUUUAUUUUUUAUUCUCUGUUGUUUUAAAGUGUCGCAUCCUUUUUCAGGAGUCAGGUGUGCCAACCUCCUCUCUGUCUCAGCUUCUCUGUCGCUGUAUAUUAAAGGACUCUGAGAAACAUUUCACAACAAAAUUGAACCUAUCUGAUGUAUCUGUUUUUUGAAUACGUGUACACGAGAGAAAUACAAAUUUUUAUACGGUUGUAUAUGUAAAUAAUGUACACAUAACCGGCCCGUCGGCGCACCUCAGAUGAUUCACGCCGACGAAAGAGGAACCGAGCUGUUUUGCAAAAGGGAAAACCGUUUUUUUUAAUGUACAUCAGUCUGUGUUUUUAUACUAAAAGGGCAAAAAAAAAUAAUGUAAAAGGAUAUUCAUUGAGUUAGCAUGUACAGCAAUGUAUACGAUGUUGGCCUGUGGAGAACAAGCAGGUUUUGUUUUUUAUGCCUUCUCCUUCCUGUACCCGCCUCUCUCAGAUGUUCCUCACAGACACUCACCUUGCUUUUUCUUUAUGUUCCGCCGCUGUAGUUCUGUUGGGCUCGAGGUCUUUGCAUUCUCUCUCUCUCUCUCUCUCCCCAAGUGUGCUGUGUGUAAAUUUGUGCUACUAUGAGUGAGCUUUUGUUUGGUUCAUCUGCUCCACAGAACGUGCUGAACGGUUUCUCAGAGAAACAAAACACAGAAACCAGAAGAUAUAAAGGAAAUAAAGCAGAGAAGGAAAUGAUG